AUGAAGGAAGAGCCUGUGUCCGGGUUGAUUGGCUGCGGGGAGCUCUCCGGUGGCCGGAGCGGUUCGGUUUGGCAAUCUCCGGUUAAGCGGAUGACUUUAGACGAUGCGUGUGGUGACAGGAGUAGGACUAGCUGUAAGAGAAUCAAAACGACUCAGGUCAAUGGUUGUAUUGUUUACACCAGAACUAAGAAGACUAAAUUCACCAAGCUUAAUGAAGGAGAUGAAAAUGCUGGUUUUUCGGAAACUAGAUUCUCAGAUCGACCAACUAUUGGCGUCACAGUUUCUCAAUUUGUCAGCUUCUAUCAAAGAACCAAGAGAUCACGCUGGAGAAGACAACAAGCUGGAGCACAACCAAAGAGGGAAGAAAGGAAUUCACCAACUAAGUAUCUGGUGGACUUAAAGAGAGAAUAG